CAAAGAACCCCAGAAUUUGUCCAUCUGCGUGGAAGGAGGAGGAGCCUCUUCUAGGUGCCACCUCAGCACUCACCUUCACCUCUCACCAGCGGAGCCGAGGAGUCGACGAACUGUCACUCUCUCUAUCUACUCCCCACCGACCCCUCGAAUUUUAACAACAGUUUCUGCCCCGCCGUCGCACCGCGCCUCCUCCGUUCACUCCUCCCAGUCACACCGCAUUUCCCCCGCCGCCAUGAAUAUCUUCAGAUUCUUCGGCGACAUGACUCACCUGAUCAGUAUUCUGAUCCUGCUUCUCAAAAUCUACGCCACCAAAUCCUGCUCAGGGAUUUCGAGGAAGACGCAGGAGCUGUACGCGCUGGUGUUUCUCGCGAGGUACUUGGAUCUGUUCACGAACUUCGUCUCCGUUUACAACCAUGUUAUGAAGAUGGUGUUCAUAGCCAGCAGUCUCGCCAUCGUGUGGUGCAUGCGGAGGCAUCCUCUCGUCCGCCGUUCUUACGAUAAGGACCUCGAUACGUUCCGCCACUAUUUUCUCGUCGGCGGAAGCUUCGUGCUGGCAUUGCUUUGGCACGAGAAGUUCACGUUUCUGGAGGUGACUACUUGAUAAUCUUUUGUCCUCGUUGAUCGUUGUGAUUUUGGAAUGAUCAUAGGCUGUCAUUUACUUCACUAGAAGUGGUUUAAGCGUUUGAUUGUGCUUUGGCUUGGUCCUGCACCAUUAUUUGAGAGUGGCAGUAUUUGCUCUGAAAUGGGGCUGAGAACCUCCCAGAUAGUUGAUGCUUCGUCUAGCUCUGUUAAUCUUUAGUACUCUCUAUAUCCGUGGUGCAGUUUUGGUUAAGUAUCAUUUUGAUUUUGGUACGAAACCAAGGGAGGGAGGAAAGAAGGAAAGGGGUUAUCUGCUUUGAAUUUGGUAGAGAAGCUCCCAGAAAUGGACGCUGCUUCUUAAUCUUUAGUACUCUUCUAUAUCUGCUGUAUGAUCUUUAUGAGUAAAAUUCAGUUGGAACUUGGGAGUACUUCAUUAUCUUCAAGUGGUAGAUUGAAUCUUAUGGACAGUUGUCUUUCUUCACAAGCCAUUUCCAUUUUUUGCUUUGUACUCUUAUAGUCAUAGUUUGGUGUAGAUCUUCUGGGCAUUCUCAAUAUAUUUGGAAGCAGUUGCAAUUCUUCCUCAGUUGGUCCUGCUCCAGAGGAGUGGCAAUGUGGAUAAUUUAACAGGGCAAUAUGUCUUAUUUCUCGGGGCCUACCGUGGACUCUACAUCUUGAAUUGGAUAUACCGUUAUGCGACUGAAUCACAUUUCGGACGUUGGAUAGCUGUCAUCUCUGGCGUCAUACAAACAGCCUUAUAUGCAGACUUUUUCUACUACUACUUUUUGAGUUGGAAGAACAACGCAAAGCUUCAGCUGCCAGCUUGAGCCAGACUUUCGGCAUGAGGUGCUCUUAUUGUGGGUUAAAAGUUCUAACAAGGGUUUUCUGUAGUCAGCGAUUAGCGAGUGCAAUGCUAUAGUGGAAGCAGGGGUUUGCUCCUCGUUUCGGAACAGUCCUUGGUGGGUUUUCAGCUUCAGCAACAGCUGCAGCAGAGCCUCCCUUUACUUCCAUAGAUGUAAAAGCGGAUGGAUGAAUAUAAGGAUAGGAAUAGGGGCUUUUACCAUUCACCGUCGACUGAUUACCUCAACUGACUUACCAUUGCCUUAGUUGAAGUCAUAUAUAAUACAUGUUUUGCUGAAAAUUGACAAACAUUGGAUUGAUUUCUUUUGUUCAAAUUUGGAACUUGGAUUCUUUAUUUCGUUUCUCCCUCAUUCCUGUGUUUGCUUGUGUAUAUAUUUGGCUCUUGAUUCAUGAAUUCCAUCUCUUAGAGAUUCCACUUCUUGUUUUAUAUCCCUUAUAUAGGCCAACAUAAAAUGCCGAAUUCGGUUGAGCAAUCAAGGUUCUGGAUUGAUUUUCCAC